AUGCUUCAUGCUCUGCAGUUAACACCUGCUGACUCGACGGGACGACUCGUUUACAAUUCCAAAACAAAAUCUAGAAGUGUGUUUACUCUUCAGCAUUCGCGUUCACAAAAGUCUAUUCAUCCGGCUGCAGUAAUCCGGAAACCUUUGCCAAGCGAUAUCCCCCUCAACACCCCAUCGGCGACAUCUGUCAAAUAUCUGGCGAUUCCAAUGGAUUCUCUGCUCAUGAAUGCUGGCAAUCCUAUAACAAUCCAGAUUCUGUAUGACAAGCCCCGAAUUAAGGAAUCAGUUCCCACAGAGAGGCAUCAGGUGGAGUCCAACAUCGACGAACCUCUGGCUGCGUCCACGGAUUUGGCUUCAGAUCCCUUCCUCUGCCAACGAAUGGAGGAACCUGCUAGCAAUGGUAUUAUAGAUGAACAUGCUGGUGAAAUGGAUUUGUACAAAAGUACUGAGAACGAGGAUCGACUGUAAGUGUCAGCUUAUUGAGGAGUUAACACGUUUAGAGCCCACUUCGAUGAUUACAAUGAACUGGAGCCUCAGUUGGAGCCCUUCUACGAUGACUUCCAUUCCGAAUUCCCCGAGGUCGAGCCUUCUUCGUCUAUGUUGCAGGGCACGGUCAUCAAAAGAUCUGGAGAAGGAUUUGUUCUUCCUGUCGCUUCCGAGACUCCCAUCCUGAAAAAGUUUAAAUGCACUUUUCCAAAUUGUGGGAAAAUGUUUGAAAGACAGCGCUCUCUAAGGUAUCAUCAUAUCACCCAUGCGCCGCCAGUAUUCUCAUGUAAUGUUUGCCAAAAGAGAUUUGUGACGAUGCCGAAACUGAAGAGGCAUCUUAGGAUCCACAAUGGAGAACGUCCGUUCUCAUGUGAGGAAUGUGGGAAGUCGUUCUCGACUAAUUCGAAUCUGAAUGUUCACAGAAGAAAGCACACGGGGGAGAAGCCUUUUGCUUGCUCAAUAUGCGGUAGAUUGUUUGCUCAUCACAGUCAUGCCAAAACCCAUCUCAAAGUUCACGAGAAGGAACGGUAAGACUUUGAUUUUACUCAUGGUGUAUACGGCUGUUUUAGAAAUUACCGGAACGCGCAAACUUUUCCGCGCUUGUCUUUGGCAGAUUGGUCUUAUCUUCAGAAGUAA